AUGGCCUCUUUGGCCCUGAUCUUGUCUGGAUGGAAUGGUUGCGGAAAGGAGACUGGAGGCUGCUGGCUGCAUCAAAGGGGGCAGCCCCAAUUGCAUGUGCGCCAAAAGUACAAAAGUACAACAGCCAAAGGAGACGAAUCGCGCAGAGCACGUACACCGUGCCAGGACUACGAUUACAAGAAUGCGCAACUCGCUCGUAUUCUCAUACUUCCAAGCCCUAGCAUUAUCUACUCGGGGCUUGCCAUGUGCAAAGACGAAAGGCCAAUGUCAGCCGCCGCCCACAGCCCCCAGGGUGCCCGGCUGCUGCUGGUCUUAGGGCUGCUUCGUCGUGCCAUGAGUUAUACCGGGUGCUCUACGAGGAGUGCCGAUUCUCCCAACAGACUGACAGCAGCAGACGGCCUUGCCCCUGGAGCGUUUUGA